UGUAGUUGAUAUUAGGAAGUUCUAUGGAGUUGUAUAUUUGUUUACGUGUAUUUAUGGGAGGUAAUCGCUUUUCUCAGUAAACUAGCGAAGAAAAAUGCUAACUUUUCUACAAGUGCAUUUUCUUUUCUGGAAGGAGCGUAUUUUUUUCUUCUGAGUUACUAUAAAUCUGAACAAGAUGAGUGUUCAGCAAGAAAGUCUGCUGAAAAAUUAUAUUACAAUAUUUAUUAUUGUUAGUUCUUAUUGGGCAGUCUCUAUAUUCACAGUUUUUGUCAAUAAGGGACUUCUUAGUGGAAUUGAAUUAGAUGCCCCUAUGUUUAUAGCUUGUUAUCAAACCUUUGUAACUGCAUUAAUAUGUUACAUUAAACAACUUCUCAAUAAACGAUGGCCAACAAAAGUCUCUUUUCCCGAAACAGAUGUAUGGGACAUCCAUACAAUUUCAUCCGUCCUACCCGUUGCAUUUAUGUUUACCAUGAUGAUAGCUACCAAUAACUUAUGUCUUCAAAAUGUAUCAUUAGCCUUCUAUUAUGUUGGUAGAUCACUGACAACAAUGUUUAAUGUGGUUCUUACAUUUUUGAUUUUAAAUGAAAAAACUUCAACUAGAUGUCUAGUUUGUUGUGCAUUUAUAAUAUUUGGGUUUUAUUUAGGAGUUGAUCAGGAGCAAUUAACAGGCAGUUUUUCAGUGAGUGGAACAAUUUUCGGAGUAUUAGCCUCUUUAUCAUUAUCAUUAUUUUCCAUACUUACCAAAAAAGUGUUACCAAAGCUUAAUAGUGAUGUCUGGGCUCUAUCUUAUUACAAUAAUAUAUAUGCUACAAUUCUCUUCAUACCAUUAAUAAUAUUUAAUGGUGAAGUUAGCACUAUUCUCAAUUUUGAAGGACUUUGGGACUUCAGCUUCUGGUUUCCUAUGACAGUUGGAGGGAUCUGUGGGUUUUCUGUAGGAUUUUUAACGUCUUUACAAAUUAAGUACACUUCAGCUUUAACACAUAAUAUUUCUGGGACGGCUAAGGCAUGUGCUCAGACAGUAUUGGCCACAUAUUGGUACCAAGAAACCAAAACAUUCUUAUGGUGGACCUCAAAUAUAAUUAUUUUAAUUGCUAGUGCAGCAUAUGCUAGAAUCAAACAACUUGAUAUGGAAGCAAAACAAGCAUUAAAACAAUCAUUGCCAGCAUACCAGAAACUUUGAUAGUCUGUUACCUUUUUAUUUGAAUAUUUUGAAUUUUAUUGUGAUAUUGAUGAAUUCCUAAAAAUAACUAUAUUAAAGUGAUGAAUUUUUUUUAUUAUAUAGAAAAAACUCUCUAUUGUAAAUAAGUAAAUUCAUAAAGUAUUGCUAUUAUUUUUCAGUGUAGAAACCUUGACAUUGUAAAUAAAAAUAACUCAAAUGAAAACUGUUCUUUAUUCAAUAUAAAGUUCUUAGUAACCUUCUGCUUGAUCUAUUAUCAUAAUUUAUUUUUGGAAUUAUUUUCAGAAAGAGAAUUCAUUAUCAUGUCAUGUGAUUUUUCGAAAUAUUUCU